CAAUCGUCAUGGUCAUCAUAAUGCCCUCAUUUCCCUAUUUCAAGACACUUCUGCUUGCUUUUACCCCUCAGCCGUAUCUUCACCCGCCUUGAAUACAAUUAUCACACUCUAUCAACUCAAUUCAACGUAGACAACGCAAACAUGCCUCUACCCUCCCAUUUUACCCUCAACACGGGUGCGAAGAUUCCUGCAGUUGGCUUCGGUACCUGGCAAGCAAAGCCCGGUGAAGUCGCGCGUGCCGUCGAGACUGCUCUGAAAGAAGGCUACCGCCAUAUCGACUGCGCUGCCAUCUAUCGCAACGAGGUCGAAGUAGGUGAUGGCAUUCGCAAUAGCGGCGUGCCUCGCUCAGAAAUCUUCCUCACUGGCAAACUGUGGAACACAAAGCAUGCCCCCAAAGACGUCGAGGGCGCGCUCGACAGGUCGCUGCAGUGCCUGGGCGUGGAAUAUCUCGAUCUGUUCCUGAUGCAUUGGCCUGUCGCGUUCAACGGCGAACCCGGCAAGUGGUUUCCCCUGCACGAGAACGGUGUGUUCGACCUUGUCGACAUUGACCCCGUGGAUACAUACAAAGCCAUGGAGAAGUUGCUCUCCACCGGCAAAGUCAAGGCAAUUGGUGUCUCCAACUUCACCAUCAACCGCCUCACCGACCUACUCUCCAAGACGACCGUGGUUCCCGCAACCAACCAAGUCGAGGCGCAUCCCUACCUACAGCAGCCCGCCCUUUUCGACUUCUGCAAGAGCAAAGGAAUCCUCAUCGAAGCGUAUUCGCCGCUCGGCAACAACCAGACGGGCGAGCCGCGCACAGUCGAUGAUGAGCUUGUAGGCGUGUUGGGGAAAAAGCUGGGCGUGGAUGGUGGGCAGUUGCUGGCGAGCUGGGGCAUUCAGCGCGGAACGGUCGUGCUGCCAAAGAGCGUGACGCCCAGUAGGAUAAAGAGCAAUCUACAGGUCAAGGAGCUGCCAAAGGAUGCGUUCGAAGAGCUCAGUGGUUUGGAGAGGCAUAAGCGUUUCAACACGUCGUCGCGGUGGGGCUUUGACAUCUUUGAAGAGCUUGGAGAGGAGAAGGUCAGGAAGAUCGCCGAGGACGCCGCUGAGGAAAACAAGGAAAAGUUCACUGUAUAAAAGUCAGAUUAUUAAUCAUAGAUCAGUUCAUAGACUUGUCAAUGCAUC